CCUCAAAUGCUUAUAUAUACAUACGCAUAUCAUUGCAUAGCCAAACCAAGUCCUCACAUCCUCUGCUUUCAAAUCCUUUACUUUCUUCACCCAUUUCAUCUGUGAUCUUCACCAUCUUUGUGGGCAGAUAGCAAUGGCUAUUCGCUUGCCUGGUGUUACAAAUGCUAAGAACAUUCUGCGGCGAUCAAACUCAUUUGCAAAGAAAGCAGCUUCACAAUUUAUGGAUGUUCCAAAAGGCCACCUUGCUAUAUAUGUUGGAGAGGGCCAAAAGAAGCGGUUCGUUGUUCAGGUAUCAUUCUUGAACCAGCCUUCAUUUCAAGAUUUGCUAAACAAGGCUGAGGAAGAAUUUGGAUUUGAUCAUCCAAUGGGGGGCCUCACAAUCCCCUGCAGUGAAGACAUCUUCACUGAUCUCACUUCUCGAUUACAAGAGUUGUUGUAGUACUUAAACAAGUAGUGCCAAUUUUUGUAAAUCCAUGUAUAUUCUAACUUUCUUUUUGGCAGAAGAGAUGGGGAUUGUUACCCAUUAUAAAUGUUA